AUGGCACUGUCGCGGAAGGCGUGGAUCGCCGCCGGCGUUGGUGCGCGGCUGCUCAUGAUCGCCGUCCUGGCCGUGAGCGUGCCCCUCACGCUCCACAACGACACCAAGCGCAAUUACGGCGGCGAUGACUUCUACAAGCUCCAGAGCUACUCGUACACGGUCGCGGUGGCGGUGAUGGCCAGCGGCGUGCUGCAGAGCCCCGUCGCCGUCUACCUCCUCUGCAAGAGCAAGCGGAUAACGCCCAGCUCCCUCGUCCUGGACAUCAGCCUGUGCGCCGACGUGGUGGUGACCGUUCUGCUGGCCAGCGGCGUCGGCGCGGGGUUCGGCGCCACCAACAACGAUGCCUUGCGAUACGUCAACUACGUGAGAUGGGAAGAAAACAGCAGAAAGGACGAUCUCAUCGACUACUACAACAAGGCGAUCGUCCCCGUGGUCUUCCUCCUCCUCGGGACGGUACUGUCCAUGGCCGCCACUGUCGUCUCGGCCAGGCUCCGGGCCCGGGCGACCGACGAAGCCGACGCCCGACACCAAUAA